UAUGCUCUCGUCAAUGCGUUCCAGGUCCAGCUUGCUCUGUGACAUCCGAUGGAACCAUAAGCAGCAUCUGGCGCCGCUUUGCCUAAUCCUUCAUCCCUCCAUCUCACCCUUUCGCCAUGGCUGUUUCGCAAGGCCAGGCGGCUGAGCACCGGCCGAUCCCCCAGCCCCCGGAGCGUUUCUUGACCGGUAACCUCACAGAUAUCCACUCCACCGAAAGCCUUCCCGACCUGGUUCGGCUCAGCGCGAUUUACGGCCCUAUUUACCAGCUUCAUCUGCUCGACCAGUACAUCGUCUUCCUCUCCAGUCAUGAGCAAGUCGACCACGUCUGUGAUGAGGGCAAGUUCGAGAAGGGUAUCAGCCCCCCCUUGCGCGAGGUGCGAGACUUCGCCGGCGACGGCCUUUUCACAGCCUUUGGAGAUGAGCCCAACUGGAGUCUCGCUCAUCGCAUCCUAGUUCCUGCCUUUGGACCGCUGGCCAUCCGCAAGAUGCAGCCCAUGAUGAUGGACGUCAUCAGUCAGAUGCUUCUCCACUGGGAGCACCAUGCUGGUCAGCCGUUCGAAGCUGCAGAGCAGUACACCAAUCUUACCUUUGACACAAUCGCCUGGUGCGCCUUCAAGUACCGCUUCAACAGCUUCCAUUCGGCCACUUCACACCCAUUCAUCAGCACAAUGGUCUCCUUGCUCAAAGCGCGCGUGCCAAACGCCCGGGCAUUCUCAAGAAGCUGAUGUUUAUGAGCGACGCCGAGUAUACUCGCAACAUCCAAGCCUUGCACAAGCAGUGCGACGAAAUCAUUGAGGCCAGAUGCAAGUACCCAGACCCUGAUGCGCAUGACUUGCUCAACAACAUGAUCUUGGACCGUGACCCUUCGACGGGAGAAGCGUUGUCUGACGAGAACAUCCGUUAUCAAAUGGUUACCUUUUUGAUCGCCGGCCAUGAGACCACCUCUGGCUUGCUCUCCUUCGCCACUUACUUUAUGCUCAAGAACCCGGCCAUCUUCCGCAAAGCACGCGAGGAGGCGGACAAAGUGAUUGGCGAAUCGGGUGGCGACAUGAUGAAGAUGAACGCAAACAAGCUCAAAUAUAUUGACGCCAUUCUCAAGGAGACCCUCCGCCUGUGCCC